GGCGGUGGUUGGUUGGGUUUCUUCUGCCCGCGCGGAGCAUCACUUGCGCUCUACGGCUAGCCCAGAGCUGUCGCGCAGCGGGGAUUUCCUCUCCUCCCGGCACCCGCUGACGCCCCUGCAAGCCGUGGCCGGAGCCAGGGCACCCUCCCCUUUGCGCCCCACAGUCCUGCGCUGCGGCGCUCCUUCCACCUCCGCGCCUUCUUCGCGGGGCAGGCCCAGGGAGAAAGAACCGGCGCCCGAGUCCUGGGCACCGCGCCCGGCGCGAGGUGCGGGAUGGAGAGCAAGGCGCUGCUGGCCAUCGCUCUGUGGCUCUGCGUGGAGACCAGGGCUGCCUCAGUGGGUUUGCCUAGUGUUUCCCUUGAUCCACCCAGACUCAGCAUACAAAAAGACAUACUUACAAUUAUGGCUAAUACAACUCUUCAGAUUACUUGCAGGGGACAGAGGGACUUGGACUGGCUCUGGCCCAAUAAUCAGAGUGGCUCUGAGAAAAGAGUGGAGGUGACCGAGUGCAGGGACAGCCUCUUCUGUAAGAUGCUCAUGAUUCCAAAAGUGAUUGGAAACGAUACUGGAGCCUACAAGUGCUUCUACCGGGACACUGAAAUGGCCUCGGUCAUUUAUGUGUACGUUCGAGAUUACAGAUCUCCAUUUAUUGCUUCUGUUAGUGACCAACAUGAAGUUGUGUACAUCACUGAGAAGAAAAACAAAACUGUGGUGAUUCCAUGUCUUGGAUCCGUUUCCAACCUCAAUGUGUCACUUUGUGCAAGGUAUCCAGAAAAGAGGUUUGUCCCUGAUGGUAACAGAAUUUCCUGGGACAGUAAGAAAGGCUUCACUAUCCCCAGCUACAUGAUCAGCUAUGCUGGCAUGGUCUUCUGUGAAGCAAAAAUUAAUGAUGAAAGUUACCAGUCUGUUAUGUACAUAGUUGUGGUUGUAGGGUACAAGAUUUAUGAUGUGGUUGUCAGCCCCCCUCUCGAAGUUGAGCUGUCUGUUGGAGAGAGGCUUGUCUUAAAUUGUACAGCAAGGACUGAACUAAAUGUGGGGAUUGACUUCAACUGGGAAUAUCCUUCUUUGAAGCAUCGGCAUAAAAAACUUGUUAUCCGGGACCUAAAAACCCAGUCUGGGAGUGAGAUGAAGAAAUUUUUGAGCACCUUGACUAUAGAUGGUGUAACCCGGAGUGACCAAGGGCAGUAUAUCUGUGAGGCUUCCAGUGGGAUGAUGACCAUGAAGAGCAACACAUCAGUCAGGGUCCAUGAAAAACCUUUUGUUGCUUUUGAUAGUAGCAUGGAAUCUUUGGUGGAAGCCACAGUGGGAGACCAUGUUAAAGUCCCCGUGAAGUACCUUGCUUACCCUACCCCUGAAAUAAAAUGGUAUAAAAAUGGAAGACCCAUUGAGUCCAAUCACACAAUAAAAGGGGAGAAGGAACUGAUUAUUAUGGAAGUGAGUGAAAAAGAUACAGGAAAUUAUACUGUUGUCCUCACCAAUCCCAUGUCAAAGGAGAAACAGAGCCACGUGGUAUCUCUGGUUGUGAAUGUCCCACCCCAGAUCGGUGAGAAGUCCCUGAUCUCUCUGGUGGAUUCUUACCAGUACGGCACCACACAGAUGCUGACGUGCACGGUCUACUCCGUCCCGCCCCCGCAUCACAUUCGCUGGUAUUGGCAGCUGGAGGAGUGCGCCUACAAGCCCGCCCAAGCUGUCUUAAUGACAAACCCAUAUACUUGUAAAGAAUGGAGAAAUGUGGAUGACUUCCAGGGGGGAAAUAAAAUUGAAGUCAACAAAAAUCAAUUUGCCAUAAUUGAAGGAAAAAACAAAACUGUAAGUACCCUUGUUAUCCAAGCAGCAAAUGUGUCAGCUUUGUACAAAUGUGAAGCCAUCAACAAAGUUGGGAGAGGAGAGAGGGUGAUCUCCUUCCAUGUGACCAGGGGCCCUAAAAUCACUUUGCAACCUCACACCCAGCCAACUGAACAGGAGAGCGUGUCUUUGUGGUGCUCUGCAGACAGAACUAUGUUUGAGGACCUCACGUGGUACAAGUUUAGCCCACAGGCUCUGCCAAUCCGUUCGGGAGAGUUGCCCACACCUGUUUGCAAGAACUUGGAUGCUCUUUGGAAAAUGAACUCCACCAAGAUCUCUAAUGGCACAAGUGACAUUUUGAUCAUGGAGCUCCAGAAUGCAUCCUUGCAGGACCAAGGAGACUAUGUGUGCUUUGCCCAGGACAGGAAGACAAAGAAAAAACAUUGUGUGGUCAGACAGCUCACAGUUUUAGAGCGUGUGGCACCCAUGAUCACUGGAAACCUGGAGAAUCAGACUACAAGCAUUGGUGAAACCAUUGAAGUUUCAUGCACCACGUCUGGGAAUCCCGCUCCACAAGUUACGUGGUUUAAAGACAAUGAGACACUUGUAGAAGACUCAGGUAUUGUACUGAAAGAUGGGAACCGGAACCUAACCAUCCGCAGAGUGAGGAAGGAGGAUGAAGGCCUCUAUACCUGCCAGGCAUGCAGUGUUCUUGGUUGUGCAAAAGUGGAGGCAUUUUUCAUAGUAGAAGGUGCCCAGGAGAAGACGAACCUGGAAGUCAUUAUUCUAGUAGGCACGGCAGUGAUUGCCAUGUUCUUCUGGUUAUUACUUGUCAUCGUUCUACGGACCGUUAAGCGGGCCAGUGGAGGGGAACUGAAGACAGGCUACUUGUCCAUCGUCAUGGAUCCAGAUGAACUCCCCUUGGAUGAGCACUGUGAACGCCUGCCUUAUGAUGCUAGCAAAUGGGAGUUCCCCAGAGACCGGCUGAAACUAGGUAAGCCUCUCGGCCGUGGUGCCUUUGGCCAAGUGAUUGAAGCGGAUGCCUUUGGAAUCGACAAGACAGCAACUUGCAGGACGGUGGCCGUCAAAAUGUUAAAAGAAGGAGCAACACACAGUGAACACCGAGCCCUCAUGUCUGAACUCAAGAUCCUCAUUCAUAUUGGCCACCAUCUCAAUGUGGUCAAUCUUCUAGGUGCCUGUACCAAGCCAGGAGGGCCACUCAUGGUGAUUGUGGAGUUUUGCAAGUUUGGAAACCUGUCAACUUACUUAAGGAACAAGAGAAAUGAAUUUGUCCCCUACAAGACCAAAGGAGCACGAUUCCGUCAAGGGAAAGAAUACGUUGGGGAAAUCACUAUGGAUCCGAAACGCCGCUUGGACAGUAUCACCAGUAGUCAGAGCUCAGCCAGCUCUGGAUUUGUUGAGGAGAAGUCCCUCAGUGAUGUGGAGGAAGAGGAAGUUUCUGAAGAUCUGUACAAGAACUUCCUGACCUUGGAGCAUCUCAUCUGUUACAGCUUCCAAGUGGCUAAGGGCAUGGAGUUUUUGGCAUCACGGAAGUGUAUCCACAGGGACCUGGCCGCACGCAACAUCCUCUUGUCGGAGAAGAACGUGGUUAAAAUCUGUGACUUUGGCUUGGCCCGGGAUAUUUAUAAAGACCCAGAUUAUGUCAGAAAAGGAGAUGCUCGCCUCCCUUUGAAAUGGAUGGCCCCAGAAACAAUUUUUGACAGAGUGUACACAAUUCAGAGUGAUGUGUGGUCUUUCGGUGUCUUGCUCUGGGAAAUAUUUUCCUUAGGUGCUUCUCCAUAUCCUGGAGUAAAGAUUGAUGAGGAAUUCUGUAGGCGAUUAAAAGAAGGCACUAGAAUGAGGGCCCCUGAUUAUGCCACACCAGAAAUAUACCAGACCAUGCUUGACUGCUGGCACGGGGAGCCCAAUCAGAGACCCACGUUUUCAGAGCUGGUGGAACACUUGGGAAAUCUGUUACAAGCUAAUGCUCAGCAGGAUGGCAAAGACUACAUUGUUCUCCCGAUAUCAGAGACUUUGAGCAUGGAAGAGGAUUCUGGACUCUCCCUGCCUACCUCACCUGUUUCCUGUAUGGAGGAAGAGGAAGUGUGUGACCCCAAAUUCCAUUAUGACAACACAGCAGGAAUCAGCCAGUAUCUGCAGAACAGUAAGCGAAAAAGCCGGCCCGUGAGUGUAAAAACAUUUGAAGAUAUCCCGUUGGAAGAACCAGAAGUAAAAGUAAUCCCAGAUGACAACCAGACGGACAGUGGUAUGGUCCUUGCAUCAGAAGAGCUGAAAACCUUGGAAGACAGAACCAAAUUAGCGCCAUCUUUUAGUGGACUGAUGCCCAGCAAAAGCAAGGAGUCUGUGGCAUCCGAAGGCUCUAACCAAACGAGUGGCUACCAGUCUGGGUAUCACUCGGAUGACACGGACACGACUGUGUACUCCAGCGAGGAGGCCGAACUGUUAAAGCUGGUGGAGAUUGGACCGCAAGUUGGCAGUGCAUCCCAGAUGCUCCAGCCUGACUCUGGGCCCACAUUGAGCUCUCCUCCUGUUUAAAAGGAGGCACCCACGUCCCCUACUCCUGGAAAUCACAUGAGAGGUGCUGCUCAGAUUUUCAAGUGUUGUUCUUUCCAUCACUAGGAAGUAGCCACAUUUGAUUUUCAUUU